UAAAAUUUACACAAUUUAUUAAGAAUAUUUGUUGCGUAUGAUUUCUUAUCAUUCCUUAAACUUUAAAGAACUAAAGAAAAAUAAUAUUUCUUAUCAAAAUAGAUAUGACACAAAAAUAAUAAAUAUUCAUUUUCAUUCAUUUUAUUUUGUUCAUGUUCAUUUUUUUCAUGCAUGCUCAUUCUUAUUCAUAUUUAAAUGGUCACCAGUUAGAGCAUUUGUAUUAAAAAAAAGAAAAAAAUAUAUACUGAAUCUUAUAUGAUAUAUUGUUCCCUUUUGAGAGAAAAGAUAUAUUGUAUAUGAAUAUUGGAUCUUAUAUGAUAUAUUGUUUCCUUUGGGAGAAAAGGAUAUAUAAGACCCUAUUAUAUCAAAGUUUAAUAAAAAAUCAGAAUAUCUAAUGGUUCUGCAUGUUAUGCUUCCAUGGGAACUGGAGGAAGAAAUACUCUAUCGUCUUCCACCUAAAUCUCUUGUUCGAUUCAGAGCAGUGUCUAAGAGAUGGAACUCUCUUUUCAACAACAAGAGUUUCAUCAACAAGCACUUGUCUCUCUCCCGUCCCCAGUUCAUUUUCCUAACCCAAUCAAAGAUUUAUUCGAUAGACAUCAUCGAUCAAACGAUACAUUUGCGUGAGCUGCACUCUUCUUGCAGGGAGUUAAAUUCGGAAUAUGGUACCAUCAGUACUUGCGAUGGUCUCUUGUUCUGUAAAUAUCCAUUUCACUGGAAGAAGGAGACAGCGCUUUGGAAUCCAUGGUCGAGACAGGUAAACUUGAUCAAGUUGUCUGUGGACAGAGACUUCACUGUUUUUGGCUUAGGAUACGACAAUAGUGGACCCCAAAAGGUUCACAAGAUUUUACUGUACUACCCCCACCCCGAGGAAGUUGCAAUUUACGAGUGUGCCUCUCACGUGUUGAGGUAUAUUAAUACACUUGAGCAGGACAUGUACAUAUGUGACAUGUCUAACGAAGCCAAAGGGUGGCCACAUGUGUCCUUGAAUGGAAAUUUGUAUUGGAUUGCUUACAAUCGCCAGACUUGUGAGUAUUUCAUCCAAAGCUUUAAUUUCUCGAAUGAGAUUUUCAAACCCGUUUGUCUUCUUCCUCCAUUUGAAGAUGACCAUUCUUGGAAUGAACAUCUCCUUGCGGUUUGGAAAGGAGAUCGGUUUUCGUUGUUACAACAAUGCUUUUUAACAAGGAAGAUUGGAAUUUGGGUAACUAAGGAUAAGGCUGAUGAUAAAAAAGAAGUGGUGUGGAUAAACUUGAUGACCUUGACAGCACCUAACUUGCCAUUCUUGUGUAAUAAAAUGUAUGGGGUUAGUUACUUCAUCUAUGAUAAGACCUUAUUCAUGUGUUGUGGCGAUGGAAGUAGUCAGCCUUGCAUCCAUAUUGCGAAGGGAGACAUGUGCAAUAAGAUUCAGAUAGGUUAUGGCGAGGAUGGUUGGUUUUCUCACUGUGCAUAUGUUCCAAAUUUGAACUCGGUUCCUUUAGAAUUUCAGAUUGAGUGAACUGUUGCAAGGCUAAUGUUAUCAGUUUUUCUUUUAAGUUGUUGUAUGUCUUUUUUUUUUUUUUUGUCAAACCUUGUAUGUCUUUUGUUUAUUUGAAGUUUUAAUGUGAUUUUUUGUAAGGUUUAUGUCUCACUUUUGCUCACUCUCGUCCACUCUACUUUCUCUUCAUUAGCUCCUAUGGACCGGGCCGCUCUUAAUCCAUCAUAGACUCUUUAACUGACAUGCUCCGUUUAGUAACCACUUGUCCCUGACCCUUCUUCCUCCUCUAGUCUCACUUGCACAUCUCUAGGCCGCGUUGCCACCUUAUCUCUUGGCCCUAAUCUCUCCUUGUGUCUCCAACUUAACCUAUUUGACACAGCUAGCUUGUUCUCUGCUCUGGUUUAGUUACCGGACCUAUACCCAAUUCUUUCUCAUCUCUCUGAUACCUCCAUACUCUUGACCUUAGCUAUAACCAGCUCUCUUCCUUCUUUUCUAACCACACUUCCACGUCUCAAAGUCCUUGUUUUAGCUUCAAACCAAUUCAUCCAAUAACCUUAAACAUGUGUCUAGUCCCUUGUUCCAUUUAGACCUCUAAAUAUGAACCAAAUCUCCGACUAACUCCCCCCUUCUUUCCCCAUCACUCUCAGGUAUUUAAUUCUAUCCAAGAACUCAAUGAAAGGCACGAUCAACGCCCUAAACAAAGCUAAUAUACAUCGAUCUUAGUAUGAAUCAAUCCCUAACUCACUCUUUGGUACCACUCUUAUCAAUGUUCCUACAAAGAAACAACUCACGUCAAUCUAGACAAACAAACAAAAAGAAGAAUAGUGUUUAUGUGUUCUUACUUUCGCCUAACGAAAUGUUUUGGUAUGCACAUGAUGGCCUUGAAAUUUCUUAAACCUAAAUCAAACCACCAAUUUUCUCUUUUGAAAGCAAUUUGUAAUGUUAUUUCAAUACCGAAUUAACUAAAUUUCCUUCAAUGUAAAUAUAUUCGGAUUCAAUCAACCGAUCUACUAAAUUCAUUU